AUGGUUGGAGUAUGGAUAGGGGGCUAUGGAUGCUAUCCAGGUCCCAUGCACCCAGCGGCGUAUUGCAAACUUGGGUUUGGGCUAGGCCCUGCCCCUAUUCUUACUUCGGUUGCUGCCGUUGAAGUCAGCUUUGCUACUAUUCCCGAUGGUGAGUUGGAUGAAAGUGCCACUUCCAGGAAGAGGCUUCACAGGCCUUCUGCUGCCCCUGGACCCUCAAACGCUAGGGCCGAAGGAGCAGGUGAGGGAACUGAAGAGGAAAAAGCCCAGAUCCUGAGGAGCGGCCUCUUAGUACGUCCUCCUCCAACAACCUGGUCAGUCAUGGCUCGUCACUGA